AUGAGUGACAUCUGGAGUGCUGUGCAAUGGUGGGACGAGUGGCAGCUUCGCAUCCUCGUCCUCAGCAGCCUUAGCCUCCAGUGGUUCCUCGUGCUGGUCGUCCCCCUGCGCAACUACACCAUCCAGCGCUGGCUCAGAGCAUGCUUCUGGCUGGCGUGCAUCUGCGCCGACGUCCUGGCGAUCUACGCGUUCGCCACCCUCUUGUAUCGCCAGGCCGCCGGCAGGUGGAUCAGCAGCUUCGACGACUACUACAGCAGGGCCCAACAAGGGAGGUCCCUGACGCUGGAGGUCCUGUGGGCACCUCUCCUCCUUGUCCACCUGGGCGGGCGGGAGGAGCUCACCGCCAACAACAUGGAAGACACGGCGCUCUGGGUCCGGCACGCCGCGGUCCUGGUUACCGUCACCGUGUACGCCUUCUCCACGUCGUUGCGCUACUUCAGCGACAACAGCGACGGCAGGAGGCUGCUGGCGUCGGCGGUCCUCCUGCUGGUCGCCGCGGUCGUCAGCUCCUGCGGGAAGCCGUACAAGUGCUGGAAAGAGCUGAAGCCCCGCGGCACCGCACCGAUGCUGUCGCAGGGAGACAAGGUGCAGAUGCUGCUCUCGGGCCUGUCGCUGCACGCCGCUAGAGCAACGCUGGAGACGCGGAAGAAGAAGAAGCCAGAUCAGAAGAUCCUCGAGCCUCUCAAUCCCUGGCGGCGUGAACAGCAUCAAGCCCUGGAGCCCUCAGAAGUUGACAAGAUCAUGAAGCCCUGGCUGCGCCAAACGUUCGGGCUCAUCUACACGAGGGAAGCCGCGAUGUUCACGCCGGCGUACCUGGCCUGCCACGCGCUGCUGGUGCCGUCCCUGUACGUGGCCGCCACCGUGCUCUUCUUCUUCGCGGUGGACUACAAGAAGCAUGGGUACAGCAGGUACAGCAGAGCCGACGUCAACACGACGUACGCUCUGCUGUGCUUCACCGCGGCGCUGGAUGUCUUCGGCAUGUUCGUCAGUGAGAUGGUGCACUGGCUGUUGUCGUCGUCCGGUGGAGCGUCGUCGUGCGAGAACGUGCCGGGGCAUAACCUCAUGGACUCGGUUCUCUGGACGAUCAGGAGGCCGAGAGUGUCCAUGCUGCUGCUCUGGUGUUACAAGGGAGGUUCUUUCGUCAAGGACAAAGAUCGCCUGUACGGCAAGGUGGAAGACGAAGACAAAAACAAAAACAAAGACGACAAGGUGGAAGACAAAGACAUCAUCAUAAACAAGGUGAACAUCAUCUUAAACAAGGUGUCAGAGAAAGACAAAAACAAAGAGAAUUUCGACCUCGACCUAUCCAGUUACAGAAGCUUGAGCAAGCGCAACUGGAUUCUCAGGGACAAGGACCUGGAAGUAGUUCGCGGCAACAAGUACCAGAACAUCCGGGCCAGUCUGCGUAAGAAGCCGUUUGACGAGAGUGUCCUCAUCUGGCACAUCGCCACCGACCUCUGCUUCCGCGUCAAGUCUCCCGACUACUUCCGCUUCAGGCCACCGCUUAAAGGGGUGGUUCGUGAAGUGUGCACGGAGGCGAUAUCCAAUUACAUGGCCUACCUCCUGGAUUUCCAGCCCGAGAUGCUGAUGGCCGGCAGCAGGCAACAUCUCUUCACCGAAGCCAUGGCAAACAUGGAGUGCGUCAUCAGAAAAGCCACCAAGGGGUUGAGGCCCAAGCUCAGAGAGAAGCAACCGUUGGAUGACGUGAUCCUACGCAAGAUCAAGGAAGAAGCAGCCAGCCUCAAAGAAAAAGAGGCGUACACCGUCAUUGACGACGCUUGCAAGCUCGCACAGGAGCUGCUGGGCAUCCAGGACCACGAGACCCGGUGGGAGCUCAUGCAUCGCGUGUGGGUGGGCAUGCUCUGUUACUCUGCCAGCAUGUGCAGGAGCGACCUGCAUGCCAAGAGCUUGGGAGAAGGCGGGGAGUUCCUCUCCAAUGUCUGGCUCCUCAUCUCACUGAUUGGGGGCAGGACCUUAGCGGACAAACUCCAGAUGCCUGAUGACGACCCAGAACCAGAAGGCAAGGUGGUCGAGGAUCCAGCAAAGGACAAGGGAGAACAAAAACCAAAACCAGAAGCAGCAGACAAGGUUCUUCAGACGCCGGACUCGGAAUCAAAAGAGCAGCGGCGUAACAAGGUUUUGAUGCUGGACGGGUAUGAGCUCCGCAAUGUGUUUUUGGUUGAUUUACCAUACAUGUUUGCUUCCCUUAUCGCUCAAGUUGCUAAUAUUUUGUGCUAG